AUGUCGCCGCGCUCUCCUCUGCCGCUUCGGGUCCAAAAUUCGCGGUGGCGCCGUGAUGCUGCUGGCAAAGUGGUGAAGGACGAGAACGGAACACCAAUCCUGGAGAUGGUCUGCAUCAAGCGCAAGGACAACGGCGAAUGGGCAAUUCCAGGGGGCAUGGUGGAUCCCAAGGAGCACGUGUCUGCCACGCUCGCCCGCGAGUUCAGCGAAGAGGCCCUAAACACGCUUGAUAUGCCGGAAGCCAAGCGCGCCAAGACGCUGGACGCCGUCUCUUCCGCGUUCCACAAGGGCGAAGUGAUUUACCGCGGAUACGUCGAUGAUCCACGCAACACGGACAACGCAUGGAUGGAGACGACUGUCAUGAACUUCCACGACGACAAGGGCGAUGUGUUCGGGGCAUUUGAGCUGACGGCGGGCGAUGAUGCUGGUGCCGUCACCUGGGUGCCCAUCACACCGGGUAUGCCGCUCUACGCCAGCCACUACGACUUUGUCAAGGAGACAUACAAGCGCCGCACCGGCAAGAACCUCUGA